GUAGUCUUGACGUAUGCAACUGCGCUAGCGGUGUCCUGUAUUUGUAUUUAGAUCAUCAUACCGGUCGUCAAAGUAGGCAACAAACACUGCAUUCCUAAGCAGCACUGCUUUACUGACCAUGCCGGGAGGUGAAAAGGUGUUUCGUAAUCAAGGAUGGCUAAUCCGGACGACCAAAGGGCCGAUUAUGGGCGACAAGGAUCUGGACCAAUACCGGAAGACGCUGUCGGUGUUGGUGCUUCCCGAGAUGGUGUUUAACCGCAAUCGCGUUGAGCUGGUACACGAAGCGAGUGGGACUAUCAUCUCUUUCAACGCCCUUGACGCCCUGAUGGGAUGGAAGAAUGAGGAUUUGCCGCCCCUGCAAGUUCGCGUUGCCCAGGAAUGGCGCAAGGCCCGGGAGCACGAAAUCGAGCAGCAGAAAGCCGUACAGCUGACGUACGACUGGACUUUCACCACGCCGUACACAUGCACUGUCGUACCGCCGGCGGGCUCCUGCCCCCCACCCUCCUCCUCGCAACAAACACCCACACAUCCUGUCGACGGGGUUGAUACAACGAUA